UCUUGAACUAGCAGAGCUCAAGAAACGAACUCGGAACCGUUCUAGCAUAUGAACAAAGCCAUGGGCUUUCUUAGGCACUCAUUUCAUCAGUUGCUUUUGUUUUCGUUAAUAUCUUUUUCCUGUGUCUCUGGAACACAGUUCAGCAUCCCAAGGCUAGGAGCACUUCGAAGAACAACCCGGACUGAACCCAAAAUCACAUCCACUUCAGUUUCAAAAGAUUUCAAGACCUUCUUUUACAGCCAGACACUUGAUCACUUCAACUACAGACCGGAAAGUUAUACCACCUUUCCACAAAGAUAUGUAGUCAAUUCUAAGUACUGGAGUGGUGCAAAUAGUAGUGCACCAAUCUUGGUGUUUUUUGGUGCAGAAGAAGCAUUGGAUAAUGACUUAUCCGGUAUCGGUUUUCUCACUGAUAAUGCCCCUCGUUUCAAGGCCUUACUAGUAUAUAUAGAGCACCGGUUCUAUGGAAAAUCCAUACCGUUCGGAUCAAGGGAAGCAGCUCUGAGAAAUGCCAGUAUUCGGGGUUAUUUCACCUCAGCGCAAGCUAUAGCCGAUUAUGCUGCCAUUCUUCUUCACAUAAAGAAAGCAUUCUCUUCGAAGAACUCUCCGGUCAUUGUCAUUGGAGGAUCAUAUGGGGGAAUGCUUGCGGCAUGGUUUCGGCUAAAAUAUCCGCAUGUUGCUCUUGGAGCUCUUGCCUCCUCAGCUCCAAUUCUUUACUUUGAUGACCUUGCACCACAAGUUGGUUACUACGCAAUUGUGACCAAGGAUUUUAAAGAAACUAGUGAAGGUUGCUAUGAAACCAUUCGAGAAUCAUGGGAUGAAAUUGAUAAAGUUGCUUCCAAGUCUAAUGGUCUCUCAAUCCUCAGCAUGAAAUUCAAAACUUGCAAAAAAUUGAAGAGAACUUUUGAUCUCAAGGACUACUUAGAUUCAAUAUAUUCUGAAGCCGCUCAAUAUGAUCAUCCUCCCACUUAUCCCCUUAGUAUCGUCUGUGGUGGCAUUGAUGGAGCUCCUAAAGGAACUGAUAUACUCGGCCGAAUAUUUGCCGGUGUUGUUGCUUACAUGGGAAAUAAAUCAUGCUAUGACAUGAACGAAUACAAUCAUCCAACUGAUGAAACAUACAUGGGGUGGAGAUGGCAGACAUGUAGUGAGAUGGUGAUGCCCAUAGGCCAUGGCAACAAUGAUUCUAUGUUCCCACCAGCGCCAUUCAAUCUAAACAAGUUCAUAAGGAAGUGCAAGAGCUUAUUUGGUGUCCAGCCGCAGCCGCAUUGGGUGACAACUUACUAUGGAGGCCAUGACUUAAAGUUGAUUCUCCAUAGGUUUGCUAGUAACAUCAUUUUCUCUAAUGGCCUGAGAGAUCCCUACAGCAGCGGCGGGGUGUUGGAGAACAUAUCAGGUAGUGUUGUUGCAGUCUAUACAAUCAAUGGAUCUCAUUGCUUGGAUAUACUGCCAGAGAAGAAAAGUGAUCCACAGUGGUUGGUCAAGCAACGAAAAACUGAAGUUCAGAUAAUUGAGGGCUGGCUAGCAAAGUACUACACUGAUCUGCUUGAGUUCAGAGAUCGAACCUGAGUCUGAUCAUGAUAUGAGCUACUCGAUAAGAAUCAAAGAGAAUAAAUUAAGUGGCCACAUCAAAAUUACUGUACUGUAAGGAUAAUGAAUUGUGCUAUAUCUAUGAAUCCAAAUAGCUAGCUUAUCAGACUACUGGCAUUCUACUGUAGUCCAUGAAUGAAAUAAUAUUAAUUAUGUAUA